CGUCGCCUGUGUUGAUCUCAUGUUGCACUAGAUGAGUACAGCCCACAUCCUGUUCACUCCACGCAAAACUGUCCUUGAACUCGGUUAAGAGUUGUCUCAGCUGCUCCCCUUGUUCUGAGUUGAGGUCCUUGUUGUUCCUCCGACAGACCUCCUCCACCGCUGCCAGAGAGGCGUCAACCCCCCCUACGGCCUGUAGGGGUGGGGGCAGAGAUGAUGGCGUGGUUGGUGACGUCUCAGUGUUGUCCCGAGGUCUCGCGCCCAGCAUCUUCCCUCACGCGACUCGAUACGUUAUCCGAGUUGACGACUAAACUAGCCCUCCGACCGAGGCGGCAGUUCGAAAGCGCUUCUGACACCAGUGUAACACCCCUGGUCGGGAUGCUAAAUCAGGAGCCGGAGUCAGAGGAGUGGAGCCACGAGAGAGAGAGAGCUUCCCAAAACCCCACCUUAUAUAAGCUAUGGCCUGAGACCCCUGGACCCGCCCCUGCUGUCCCCAAGUCCCCCAGAGAUGCCCUCCUCACUGCGGGACGUCCCACCAGUAUCUGGGGAUCUGGAAUGGCCACUGCUGCUCGAGAGCUGCUGCUGGCUACUCUGCAAAAGCUGGGCAAAAAAGAGUUGAAGACAUUUCAAUGGUACCUGCAGCAUGCUGAUGAGAUGAUCCUUCAGAAAGGCUUUUGCAGCAUCCCUAAGAGCAAGUUAGAGGAUGCUGACAGAGAAGUCACAGUGGAUAUGAUUGUGCAGACCUACACCCAUGGCAAUGCUAUGAAGAUCUCAAUGGCGGUCUUGAAAAAGAUGAACCGGAACGAUCUUGCUGAGAGAUUAAUGGAGAACUGCAAUACAGAUGACUGUGCUGUGGUGUGCCAAACUGAAAUUAAAAAGCUCAAAGAGAAGCUGAAGAAUAUGUCUGAAAAAAUAUCUGAGGGUAUAGAUAAACAAGGAAAGACAAAACAUCUGGAUAACAUCUUCACAGAGCUCUACAUCACAGAGGGUGGAUGUGGAGAGGUCAAUAAUGAACAUGAGGUGAGACAGAUUGAGAAAACAACCAGGAAACAAACAAGACCGGAGACAGCAAUCAAAUGUAAUGACAUCUUCAAACCCAUACCUGGACACGACAACCCAAUCAGAACCGUUCUUACAAAGGGUGUGGCUGGAAUUGGAAAAACAGUGUCUGUGCAGAAGUUCAUUCUGGACUGGGUUCAAGGAAAAGCUAAUCAGGACAUCCAGUGUAUAUUUCCAUUUCCAUUCCGAAAUCUGAAUGUGUUAAAGGACAAAUUCAGUUUGUUACAUCUUAUUGAUAAGUGUUUUGAAACUCCAGGAUUCUCCAACUUUGACAAUUGCAAAGUUGUGUUCAUCUUUGAUGGUCUGGAUGAGUGUAGAUUACCCCUAGACUUCUACAACAAUGAGUGUGUGUCUAAUGUCACAGAGUCAACCUCAGUGGAUGUGCUGCUGACAAACCUCAUCAAGGGAAAUCUGCUUCCCUCUGCUCUCCUCUGGAUAACUACCAGACCGGCAGCAGCCAAUCAGAUCCCUUCAGGGUGUGUUGACCUGGUGACAGAGGUGAGAGGGUUCAAAGACCCACAGAAAGAGGAGUACUUCAGGAAGAGAUUCAGUGAUGAGGGCCUGGCCAGAAGAAUCAUCUCACACAUAAAGACAUCAAGGAGCCUCCACAUCAUGUGUCACAUACCAGUCUUCUGUUGGAUCGUUGCUACAAUCCUUGAGCACAUGUUGACUACAGAUGAUAAAGUAGAGCUGCCCAAGACCCUAACAGACAUGUACUCACACUUCCUUGUGUUUCAGUCCACACACAGGAAUGUAAAGUAUGAUGGGAAAAAAGAGACAGAUCCACACUGGAAUAAAGAGAGCAUUCUGACACUUGGAAAACUGGCUUUUCAACAGCUACAGAAAGGCAAUCUGAUUUUCUAUGAAGAAGACCUGAAAGAGUGUGGCAUUGAUAUCAAUGAAGCAUCAGUUUACUCAGGAGUCUGUACACAGAUCUUUAAAGAGGAAUGUGAGCUGAACCAGGACAAGGUGUUCUGCUUUGUCCAUCUGAGCAUUCAGGAGUUUCUAGCUGCUGUAUAUGUUUUUUGCUCAUUAAUCAACAACAACAGAAAUAAAAUGUAUGAACAACAAUCAACCAUCAGUAAAGUUUUAAUGUUUAAAAAAAAGUCUCAAGUCAAAUUCUACAAGAUUGCUGUGAAUAAAGCCUUACAGAGUAAGACUGGACACUUGGACCUUUUCCUUCGCUUCCUUCUGGGUCUCUCACUGGAGUCAAAUCAGAAGCAUUUACAAGGUCUACUGACAAAGACCAGAAGCAGCUCACAGAGCCAUGAAGAAACAGUCAAGUACAUCAAGAAGAAGAUCAGGGAGAAUCCCUCCUCAGAGAGGUGCAUCAAUCUGUUCCACUGUCUGAAUGAACUGAAUGACCAUUCUCUAGUGGAGGAGAUCCAAAGGUACCUGAGUUCAGGAAGUCUCUCCAAAGAAGAACUGUCAACUGCACAGUGGUCAGCUCUGGUCUUUGUGUUACUGACUUCAGAAGAGGAGAUUGAUGUGUUUGACCUGAAGAAAUACUCCACAUCAGAGGAAGGUCUUCUGGGGUUGUUGCCAGUGAUCAAAACCUGCAGAACUGCUCUACUGUCAGGUUGUGGAAUCACUGAGGAAGGCUGUGCUUCUCUGGUCUCAUCUCUGAAGUCAAACCCCUCACACCUGAAAGAACUGGAUCUGAGUAACAAUCUGCCAGAGGAUUCAGGAGUGAUUGAACUCUCUGCUUUGUUGGAGGAUCCACAAUGUAGACUGGAGACUCUGGGACUGUCAGGUUGUGGAAUCACUGAGGAAGGCUGUGCUUCUUUGGUCUCAGCUCUGAAGUCAAACCCCUCACACCUGAAAGAACUGGAUCUGAGUAACAAUGACCUGAAGGAUACGGGAGUGGAGAAGCUCUCUGCUCUGCUGAAGGACCCACUAUGUAGACUGGAGACUCUGAGACUGUCAGGUUGUGGAAUCACAAAGGAAGGCUGUGCUUCUCUGGUCUCAGCUCUGAAGUCAAACCCCUCACACCUGAAAGAACUGGAUCUGAGUAACAAUGACCUGAAGGAUACGGGAGUGGAGAAGCUCUCUGUUCUGCUGAAGGACCCACAAUGUAGACUGGAGACUCUGAGACUGUCAGGUUGUGGAAUCACAAAGAAAGGCUGUGCUUCUCUGGUCUCAGCUCUGAAGUCAAACCCCUCACACCUGAAAGAACUGGAUCUGAGUAACAAUCAGCCAAAGGAUUCAGGAGUGAAGAAGAUCUCUGUUCUGCUGAAGGAACCACAAUGUAGACUGGAGACUCUGAGGUGA